AUGCAGUCCGUGCCAUUACUGCUCAGGCGGCCCCUCCGAUCGAGUCUCAUUCUCUCGAGAAGCUCGCCGUCGCUACGAACUCAGCUCCCGCCGUCCGCACGCCCGAAAGCUCUUCAUGCUGGCAGAGAGACCACGCGGAACUUUUCGGUCUGUCUACAAUGUCAAUUUCGGAAACAGUCUACUCUCUACUCGUCCAGUGAGACGGACAAAUUGAAAGACGUGAAGGCUGCUGGAGAGACGAAGGAGGCGGUGCUUCCGGAGGGGAUCCCACGGCCAGAUGCGGAUGCGGAGGCUCAACGGACGACCCCCUUCGCUGAGGAGGGAACCGUCAAUACACAGAGUCAAAUAAAAGAUGGAGAGAAAGACUUAAAUCCAGAUGGUGCAGAAAGUGGUGGUCUCCCAUCCUACAUAGAGAGCCGCAGGUCAAAGUAUUCCAAGCAAUUCACUGAGAUGAUGGAUAACCUCCAAUCCAAUGUUUUUGUGGCGGGCCAGCGAUUGAAUGACCUGACCGGGUAUUCUUCUAUCGAGGCACUCAAGAAAGAGAUUCAUUUUCAAGAGGAACGACUCCGAACUGCCCGGAAUCACAUCCGCGAAGCCAAAGAUGCCUACGCUGCUGCUAUAAACCGACGCUCGACAUCACAGCGUGAAGUAAACGAUUUGCUCCAGCGUAAGCAUGCAUGGUCUCCCUCCGACCUGGAGCGAUUCACCCACCUCUACCGCAAUGACCACACAAACGAGGUUGCCGAGAACGAGACACAGGAGGCCUUGUCCGCGGCGGAACGUGAGGCGGAAGAGGCUUCGGCAUCGCUGAGCAAGAGCAUCUUGUCGCGUUACCAUGAAGAGCAGGUUUGGUCGGACAAGAUCCGUCGCAUGAGUACCUGGGGUACAUGGGGCUUGAUGGGCAUGAACGUUCUACUUUUUCUGAUUUUCCAGAUCGCAGUGGAACCGUGGCGCCGGAAAAGACUGGUCAAGGGCUUUGAAGAGAAGGUUAUCGAAGCCAUCGAGAAGGAAAAGGUCUUGCAACAAACCGAGACUGUCGAUGGCCAGAGUGGCUUGGCCGAAGACUCCUCCAUCCCAAUCACUUCUGAAACGUCUGCUGCCAACGAAGCCGCAGCAAACGACGCUUACGCUUUCAUUGUGUCCGAGACACAAGGAACGACAGACCCUAAUACUAUCACCCCCGAUCCUUUACCCGCUACAGCGACCACCGCCAUAAACAAGAACACUAUACACUGCAUCCAAGAAACCUGUUCUCGAACGUUGAACGAUCUUCUCAGCGAUCGUAGAAUCGUCACCACCCAGCGGGAUCUCACCACCGUUGCUGUUCAAAGUGCUGCAGCUGGUGCUGCGGUUAUGGGCCUGCUGAUUGCUCUCGUUCGACCACGGUGA